CCGAAACCGCCUUGUUUUUCUGGCGGCACUCCCACAACAACUAAACCGCCCGAUAUCUACCUUUAACGAACGACCCCAUUCACACAACAGACACCAUGGCAUCCGAGCCUGAGCAUAAGAAGAAGGUCAACUUGGCCGACGUCUCCGGCGCCGAGCCCAAAGAUGAGAACGAUGUUUCGACGGCUAUCCUAAAGAAGAAGAAGAAGCCGAACCAGCUGAUGGUAACUGAUGCCACUAAUGAUGACAACUCUAUCAUCGCACUCUCGAACAACACCAUGGAGCAACUCCAGUUAUUCCGAGGAGACACCGUUCUUGUACGAGGCAAGAAGAGAAAGGACACUGUCUUGAUUGUCCUAGCCGAUGAUGAUCUUGAUGACGGCAGUGCCCGACUCAACCGAGUCGUUCGCCACAACCUCCGGGUCAAGCACGGUGAUAUCGUCACCAUUCACCCGUGCCCGGAUAUCAAAUAUGCCAAGCGCAUUGCGGUACUUCCCAUCGCUGACACCGUUGAGGGUCUAACCGGCUCGCUUUUCGAUGUGUUCCUCGCCCCAUACUUCCGAGAAGCCUACCGACCCGUUCGUCAAGGUGAUCUAUUCAUCGUCCGAGGUGGUAUGAGACAAGUGGAAUUCAAGGUGGUCGAGGUUGAUCCUCCGGAGUACGGUAUUGUUGCACAGGACACUGUUAUUCACUGCGAGGGUGACCCGAUCCAGCGUGAAGAGGAGGAGAACAACCUCAACGAAGUUGGUUAUGAUGACAUUGGUGGUUGCCGCAAGCAGAUGGCCCAGAUCCGAGAAAUGGUUGAGUUGCCGUUACGUCAUCCUCAACUUUUCAAGUCCAUUGGUAUCAAACCUCCUCGUGGUGUUUUGCUCUACGGACCUCCGGGUACCGGUAAGACGCUGAUGGCCCGUGCUGUCGCCAACGAGACUGGUGCGUUUUUCUUCUUGAUCAACGGUCCCGAGAUCAUGUCGAAGAUGGCCGGUGAGUCAGAGUCGAAUCUACGUAAAGCAUUCGAGGAGGCUGAGAAGAACUCGCCUGCUAUCAUCUUCAUUGACGAGAUCGACUCUAUCGCACCCAAGCGAGAGAAGACCAAUGGUGAGGUUGAGCGACGUGUUGUCUCUCAGCUUUUGACUCUCAUGGAUGGCAUGAAGGCACGAUCCAACGUCGUUGUCAUGGCCGCCACUAACCGUCCCAACUCUAUUGAUCCCGCUCUUCGACGUUUCGGUCGUUUCGAUCGUGAGGUUGAUAUUGGUAUCCCUGACCCCACUGGUCGUCUUGAGAUCUUGCAGAUCCACACUAAGAACAUGAAACUUGGUGACGAUGUUGAUCUUGAGCAGAUCGCCGCUGAAACUCACGGUUACGUGGGUUCUGAUAUUGCGGCUCUUUGCUCGGAGGCUGCCAUGCAACAGAUUCGUGAGAAGAUGGAUCUCAUUGAUCUAGAUGAGGAUACCAUCGACGCCGAAGUGUUGGAUUCGCUAGGUGUCACCAUGGAGAACUUCCGAUUUGCUCUUGGUGUUUCGAACCCGUCGGCUCUUCGCGAAGUCGCCGUCGUCGAGGUUCCCAACGUCCGCUGGGAAGAUAUUGGAGGUCUCGAAGAGGUCAAGCAAGAUCUCAAGGAGAGCGUUCAAUACCCCGUCGACCAUCCCGAGAAGUUCCUCAAGUUCGGUCUUUCUCCGUCACGUGGUGUGCUAUUCUUUGGUCCUCCUGGUACGGGUAAAACAAUGUUGGCCAAGGCCGUUGCCAACGAAUGUGCGGCGAACUUCAUCUCCGUCAAGGGUCCUGAACUGUUGAGUAUGUGGUUUGGUGAGUCCGAAAGCAACAUCCGAGAUAUCUUUGACAAGGCUCGUGCGGCCGCUCCUUGUGUGGUCUUCUUGGAUGAACUGGAUUCGAUUGCCAAAGCCCGUGGUGGAUCCGUUGGUGAUGCCGGUGGUGCUUCGGACCGUGUUGUUAACCAGCUUUUGACCGAAAUGGACGGUAUGACAUCAAAGAAGAACGUCUUCGUUAUUGGUGCCACAAAUAGGCCCGAGCAACUAGAUCCGGCUCUUUGCCGUCCGGGUCGUCUUGACUCGUUAAUCUAUGUUCCCCUACCCGAUGAGGUUGGUCGUCUUAGCAUCCUGAAGGCACAAUUGCGCAAGACGCCCGUAUCCGGUGAUGUCGAUCUUAACUACAUUGCCUCUAAGACUCACGGCUUCUCCGGUGCCGAUCUUGGAUUCAUCACGCAGCGAGCUGUCAAGAUUGCCAUCAAGGAAUCUAUCACCCUUGAUAUUGAGCGACAACGUGCUCGUGAGGCCGAGGGUGCUGGUGACAUGGACGUCGACGAGGACGUUGAGGAUCCCGUACCCGAGUUGACAAAACGCCAUUUCGAAGAGGCGAUGCAAAUGGCCAGAAGAUCCGUCAAUGAUGUGGAGAUUCGCCGCUACGAGGCUUUCGCUCAACAGAUGAAGAACGCUGGCCCUGGUGCCUUCUUCAAGUUCCCCGCCGCCGGUACCAGUGGCACUACGGGCGAUGGCGAUGGCAACAACUUCGGCCAAGCCGGUGACGAUGACGGUCUUUACGAUUAAGUUCAGCUCCCUACUAAGUCCAAUAGUCUAAUAGGGUCACCCCUGUACUCUACUUCCUUUGCUUAUCGUGCAUUUCGACAUAAUUGACAGCACGGCACACAAUUUUGAGGGGUGGACUUGGAGCCCAGUGCCCUACUUCGUUGUUGCUCGUGAAAGGGAUUUGCAUUUCCGAUAGAUUUGAGGCCGUCAGAUGCUGGAGACGGACUGCGGCCAAAUUUCCUUGCACAACGACAGGUGUAGCCAGUUGAUCUUCACAUGGAGAUAGUUCUAUCCUAAUCAGGGUGAGAUGUAAUCAUACACAUCCAAUGCUGCAGAGGGCGGAUUAGUUUACGAUAGACCCAGAAAUUGACUUCAGUUGCUCAUAAAUAUCCUCACAAACCAGCUUUUAGUACUCUUAUUGAUAUGUGCUGUAUGAUGCGUUUGUACUUGUGAUAUGAAUGAACUCACUAUCUAUGGAUGUGUCCUUGCUGGCGUUUACGUCCAGUGUAGAUCACUUGCAACAACAUACUAUGCGCAGAAAAC